AUGACUCCAAAUAUUUUAAGCACAGAUUCAAAAAUAACACUUACGGAAAAAGAUUUACAAAAUGAGAAAUCUUCGAUUACUACUAAGAUGAUAGAUAAUGAAAAUGACAUACAAAAUAGAGAUGAAAACUAUACAAAAACUGAAGGCUGGUUCAAGACAGAGCUGAAAUGGUUUAACAUCUUACAUCUUAGUUUUCUCCACUUAUACUUCGUAUAUGCCUGUUUUACUUUUAACUUUUUUGAAAAUCUGCUGACGACAACUUGGAUGUAUUGCACGUUUGUAAUAGGAGGAAUUGGUGUCACUGCCGGUGCUCACCGUUUGUGGACUCACCAAGCUUAUAAGGCAAAAUGGCAGCUUAGAGCUAUAUUUGCUGUUUUCUAUACUUCGGCUGGCAUGAACAACAUUCACGAAUGGGUGCGAGAUCAUCGGGUGCACCACAAAUAUACGGAUACGGAUGCGGAUCCGCAUAAUAGUAACCGAGGGUUCUUUUUCUCUCAUGUCGGUUGGCUGAUGAUGAAAAAGCACCCAGAUGUGAUUCGAAGAGGUCGUCAGGUAGAUAUGAGCGAUGUAUUGACUGAUCCUAUUGUUGCAUUCCAAAUCAAAUAUUUUCCGAUAUUAAAAUUUAUAUUCGCUUUCCUGCUUCCGGUAAUGUUACCUGUGUAUGGAUGGAAUGAGACUUGGUAUAGAGCUUUCGUGUCGCAGAAUAUUAUUCGUUAUGUUUGUCUUUUAAAUAACAUAUGGAGUGUUAACAGUGCAGCUCAUAUUUGGGGCUCAAAACCAUAUGAUGCGCAUAUAAAUCCAACAGAGAACUGUUGGGUUAACUGGUCUACGGGCGGUGAAGGAUCACACAAUUAUCAUCACGUUUUUCCGUGGGACUACAAAGCUUCUGAGUUUCACGAUUCCACAGCCACAAAUUUAAUUAAAUUCUGUGCGAAAAUCGGGUGGGCAUACGAUCUCAAAGAACCGUCGGAGGAGCUAGUAAAGACCGUCGUGAUGAAAAAGGGUGAUGGAAGUCAUUCUUUGUGGGAAGCUGUGCCAUAUCCAACUAAUAAAAUUGAAUAA